AAUUCGAUCCAUUCGCGCGAGCCUUGGAGCAACAGGCCAGUAAAUACACACGAGAAGAUUCUUUAAUUUUCGGAACAUAUAAAACUAAAAUACUAUUCGUUUUCAAUAGAAUAUUACGUAAUCUAGAUAUUCUAAGAGUAUCUUGUUCAGCACGGUGCCAUCGCGAUUGAAGCAACCUCAGCAUUUAAAGGCUAAAUGUGUCAGUGAAAAAUUCGAGAGUCAUCACGUCUGUCGCAUAUCGUGUAACGAGAUUUCGUCUGAAGAAAAUAAAAAAUUAUAUAAAAUCGACGGUCGUAAUGGCGAUUAAUCCUGCAGAAUUUAUCGCAUCGAAACGACAGAUAUUAUUCUGUCUAUUUAUGUUAAGUCAAGUUAGUAAUGGUCAUGACAAGGAUGCACAUACCCUUCAGUACACUAAUGAGAAUUUCUCAGCAGAAAUUAAAAAGAAAAAUCACUUUGUUAUGUUCUAUGCACCAUGGUGCGGUCAUUGCCAAAGAUUAGGCCCAACAUGGGAACAAUUAGCAGAGCAUCACGAAGAGGAUAGUAAUGUAAGAAUCGCCAAAGUAGAUUGCACAAUUGAGAGCACUUUGUGUAGCGAACAAGAUGUCACUGGCUAUCCCACGCUAAAGUUUUAUAAAGUUGGAGAAACCAAAGGCAUCAAAUUCAGAGGAACCCGAGAUUUAGCUUCUUUGACUUCAUUUAUUAAUGAUCAACUAGCCACUUCUUCUACGGAUGAAUCAGACCCUGUCUGUUCUCCUCCAGAAACUGUGAACGAAUUAACAGAGGACACAUUCGAAAAGCAUAUUUCUUCUGGAUAUCAUUUUGUCAAGUUUUAUGCACCUUGGUGUGGACACUGUCAGAAAUUAGCACCAACAUGGGAUGAAUUGGCUAAUAGUCUUCGCAAUGAUGAUGCAGUUAGUAUCUCUAGGAUAGACUGCACCCAACAUCGUAGUGUUUGUGGUCAAUUUGACAUUAAAGGAUAUCCCACAUUGUUGUGGAUUGAAGAUGGGAAAAAGAUAGAUAAAUAUACUGGACAACGCACUCACGAGGAGCUGAAGGCCUAUGUGUCGAUGAUGCUGGGCAAGAACGCUGACGAGGCGAAUCAGAAGAGUAAAAAUACCGACGAAGGUCGACACACUAUAUUAAGUCUGACUGCUGACAGUUUCAAGCACGGUGUCGAGAAAGGUCUCUCCUUUGUGAAGUUCUUCGCGCCUUGGUGCGGACAUUGCAAACGUUUGGCACCUACGUGGGAGGAACUCGGUAAGAAAUUCUUCGGCAACGAUAACGUGAAUAUCGUUAAAGUUGAUUGCACACUGGACACGAGCAAACAGUUAUGCAGCGAACAAGAGGUGGACGGUUUUCCGACGUUGUACUUAUACCGGGACGGACGUAAAGUCUCUGAGUACAACGGCUCGCGUAAUCUCGAGGAUCUGUAUGACUUCGUGAUGAAUCACUUACAGACACAUGACGAAUUGUAAUCUUGUUUAUCGGUAAUUUAUCGAUAAAGCACUGAAAUAAGUCUUGCUAAUAAUAUUUCCAAUAAUAUUUUAAGUAAUGAAAUUAAUGAUAUAAAUAUAUAUAUAUAUAUACGUCCGAUAUCAUACUAUCUAUCAUCAAAAGCGAUAGCUUUUUCAUUUUUAUAUCCUAUACAUCGAGACAAGAAAUAACAGUUAGAAUAUAACAUACCAGAAUGUAAUCUCAUCUCAAAUGUACUUCCAUAAUACAAUCUUUACGAUUGUCUA